AUGGAUCCAGACAAGACCAGCACAGAUGGCACAGACAACAUGAGGGGUUCAACAGGCGAGCAACCUCUCCUCUCAACGCCCGACAUGGACCGAAGGAUCAGACACGCCUUCGACCGUCGCGUCAUGCCCGUCGUCUGCUGUCUCUACGUCCUAUCGUACCUCGACCGCGGUAACAUCGGCAACGCCAAGACCGCCGGUGCACAAGAAGCCCUGAACCUAAGCUCCGAUGACUGGUCGUGGGUUCUCAAUUCGUUUUAUAUCGCGUAUAUCCUGUUUGAGUGGACGACUAUGCUUUGGAAGAUAUUCCCUGCUCAUAUCUAUGUCUCGAUCCUUUGUGUCUGCUGGGGAACGGCUGCGAUGUGUUCUGGGGCAGUGCAUAAUAUGACCCAAUUGAUAGUCACGCGCAUCUUCCUCGGUAUCUUUGAAGCUACCUUUGGCGCUGGUGCUCCAUUCUUCUUAUCGUGUCUGUAUAAAAGAAGAGAGCUGGGUCUCCGGAUGUCUAUUUUACUUGGCAUGUCUCCUCUGGCAAACACCUUUGCGUCAAGCUUAGCAUACGGCAUCACCCAUAUAAAAGGGUCUCUAGCCCCAUGGAGAUUAUUAUUCAUCAUCGAGGGCGCACCGACCAUCGCCUUCGCUCCCGUGGUCUACUUCUUCCUCAUCGACUCCCCCGCAACCGCCAAGUUUCUCACUGAAGAGGAAAGAUAUUUCGCCGUUCAGCGCGUACAAGGUCCCGAUGGAGCCAAGAAGAGCGUCAACUGGAGACAAAUCAUCGCCGGAAUACUCGACUACAAGAAUUACGUCCACUCCAUUAUUCACUUCUGCUGCAACUUUUCGUUUGCAGCUUUGUCCAACUUCCUUCCCACGAUAGUCAGUGCCAUGGGUUACAGCUCUAUCAAUGCCCAGGGACUCACAGCGCCGGCUUAUUUCACGGCUUUCCUUCUCUGUAUGGGAGCUGCGUUCUUCUCAGAUCGGUGCGGAAAUCGUGGGUUUGUCGUAGCUGGCUUUGCUGCCAUGGCCACUGUUGGCUAUGGUCUGCUUGCAGGUAUACAAGAUAUCCAUCGCCCGGGCCCCAGAUACGCUGGUGUAUGGCUCGCAGCCUGUGGAAUCUUCCCAGCGCUCUGCAUCAACAUUACCUGGCUGCUCAAUAACCAGGGACGCGAUUCGAAGAAGGGCGCAGGUCUUGCCAUUACUUUGAUAAUUGGGCAAUGCUCGUCUCUCCUCAGCAGUUACAUGUUUCCAAAAGAAGAUGCACCAUUCUUUGUCAAGGGUUGCGCCAUCGGCUGCGGUAUGAGCGGCGCUAUCGUUAUCCUUGCUUUGCUUAUGCAUUUCGCCUUGGAGAGAGAGAACAAGCGUAAUGAAAAACUCUAUGGACCUUUGGAUAACGACGCUGAGGUUGAUGCUGCAGAUGAGGGAGAGCAGAGCAGGGACUUCCGAUAUCUGACCUGAGUAGAUAGCGUUGCCAAUUAGACGUCAUGCAUUCUCGCUUUCAACCUGCCCACCAUGUCAGCAUUAGGCUGUAAGGCAUAUCAGAAGGCGGAUCAGGGACCCCAACCAUAGCCUAAAUG